ACAGGACCACCACACUAACCGACAAAAGUUGGGAUAAACUUUCACUACACUUUGUCUCAAUUAGUCCAGUCUUCCAAAUGUUUCUCUCCUUUCUGUUAGAAGCGGGCGUCGGUGGUUUUGGCUGAUAGAAACAGUCGCUGGAAACUUUGCUGCUCUUUUUUUUCCCUUUCUUCUUUCUCUGAGGUCAGUAACCUGUGAAGAGAGCAAAAAGGAUUUACUGCAAACUGGGAUUUAUCUGUGCUAGCGUUUAAACAGUAUUGUCGCCUGUCUUCGAGGCUCAAGUGUUUUUUGGGCUUUUAUUAUUCUUUAAAGUGGACUAAAGAAAGAUAUUUGUCACUAACGGAGGCCAGUAAUCCACCUGCUGCAAGAAAAGACAGACCCUCAAUAUUAUAUUACCAGGCAAAAGUGACUGCCAAGGGCUCAGACCACCUGCCCUGAGGAGUCAAGGAGACUAGGAGGAAGGGAAGAAAGGAAGGAAGGAAGGAAGGAAGGAGAUACAUCGUUCUCUAUUGUUGCUGUCUGCUUCCUACUGUAUCCAGAUGUAUGCUGAGAAAGUUGUGACGGAGGGGAAGAUGGGGAACAGGGGAAUCUCCCUGACCUGUGUGUUGACCCCCUGCCGUGUGAUUGGGGUGUGUGUGACACUGAUGACCUUAGGAGCCAUUGGAGCAGCUGUCUGGGCCGUAGUUUCAUACUGCACAAUGGAGGAAGACACAGGACUGUAUGAUGUCCAGGUAAAUUCUGCUGACCAGCGUCUCCGGGUAUUUGACUCGACCCACAAGAGGUGGCGUCAGGUGUGUUCCUCCCCAGCCAAUGAGCUGCUAGCUAGCAUAAGCUGUGAAGAAGUUGGCUUUAUCAGUGUGGUGAAUUACUCAGUGACAUCGGUGCCAGAGGCCAGUGGAGAUGGCGGAGAGUUCUUCUGUGUCAGACAGCAGGAGCUCAGCUACAGCAAGAAAAUCAAAGACUCAUUGUUCCCAUGUGACUGUGAGAGCAGGGAGGUUCUCACACUGUUGUGUCAAGACUGUGGCAGGCGCAGUUUUGCAGCAGACCGCAUAGUUGGAGGUGUGGAUGCCAGGCAGGGCAGUUGGCCUUGGCAGGUCAGAUUAGAGUAUGAUGGAGUUCAUCAGUGUGGAGGAGCCAUCAUCUCAAAUCGCUGGAUUGUCUCAGCAGCUCAUUGCUUUCGAGAGCGGUAUCGAACCGUCAAUCGCUGGCGUGUGCUGCUGGGCUCCAUCUAUAGUAAGCCAGUCAAUGCCAACGUGGCGGAGGUGAACACCAUUGUUUACCACAGCAGCUACCUGCCCUUUGUAGAUGCUAGCAUUGAUGACAACAGCAGGGAUAUUGCUGUUCUGGCCCUCACCCACCCCCUCACUUUCAACGAAUAUAUCCAGCCUAUUUGCCUGCCAGCAUAUGGUCAACGACUGAUAGACGGACAGAUGGGAACAGUGACAGGCUGGGGAAACGUAGAUUACUAUGGUAUUCAAGCAGAGGUUCUCCAGGAAGCAAACGUCCCCAUCAUCAGCGACGCUGUCUGUAACGCUCCUGAUUACUACGACAAUCAGAUCACCACCAGCAUGUUCUGUGCUGGUUAUGAGAAAGGAGGCACUGAUGCCUGCCAGGGAGACAGCGGCGGUCCUUUUGUGGUAGAAGACUGCCUGUCAAAGACCAGGCGGUAUCGUCUGGUGGGGGUGGUGAGCUGGGGAAUAGGCUGUGCCAUGGCCAAGAAACCUGGCGUCUACACCAGAGUGUCCCGAUUUCUGCCCUGGAUAUCUACGGCCAUGAGGAACUAUCAGAGCUCACCAGGGCUUCACAAAAUGGCCCGGACAUGAGGCUCCUGCUCCCAUGUUUCCACUUUUUCUACUCUUGGAAAACAAUAUUAAAAGACUCUGACGAUGUCAACAAGGACUGUUGGACGGGGGAAUGAAAUGUUGUGACGUUGCCCUCAUAUCACAGCUUCCAGAUUCUCCUUCUUACCUAGAUUUUCUUCUUGAACUUUCCACAUGUUAAAUGUCCACCAACUGCAUCCAUGUUAAUAGAUACUCUGUAUGUCUGCAGAGAUAGACAGACGGAGCAAAGAGUCACAGAAGUUUACUAACUUUUUUGUUAUGAAGUUAACUGCUGAUAAAAGCCAAAAGUCAAAUAAUAUUAGAAUAAUGAUACUGGAUUUAAGAUAGCAGAUUGAUAGAAAGCUACAGGUAAGAGGAAAAAUGUGUAUUUUGGAUUUUGGAGUGAACUGUACCCUUAAAAAUCCUAAAUGUAAUUACAAGGAUUCAAACAAUAAGAGACUUCCUCAUGUAGAGGUUUUAUCAUGUUCUACAUGAGUCACUUUCUUCAGUGACGGACUUCCUGCAGCCAGUGAGCACAGCAGGCCACAGUGAGUGCAGUGUAAUAAAGAUCAGUAAAGAUCUUAUGCAAACUCAACUCUUUUAGUACUUUUACUUUGUGCAACUUGAAGAUGAGGGCGGACAGACAGAAACAAUUAGAGAUCUAAAAUGUCAGUAAUUUAUAAGUGAUGCUAAUAGAUAACUGAAACGUUCCCUGGUGAGCUUUAUUUUGUAAAAUCACAGCGCACAUCAAGCGUCACACGGUAAGCAUCUCAUUUUAUAAUUAAACUCUCACAACGUACUUGUAUGAUACAUGUUAUGUCUUUUUUUUAUGCAGUAGCCUGACUGUUGUUUGAAAAUAAUCAUUCAUGCAAGGUCUGUCUUCUUAAAAUUCCCUCAUGAACUGGUGAAGAUGAUGCAUAUAUUGAAAUCAGUAUUUUGUCAAUGUCUUGUAAAUAUUAGUCAAUGUCUUGUUUAUGUAGAUGUGUAUUUGAGACAUGGUACAGAUGUUUUCAUGAUCCACAGAUCUUAAAGCCAAGAGUGCAAUAACAACCCAAGUCAUGUUCUCAGAAAAUGUUUCUUUUACUGCAGCAUGUAUUGAUCACCAAAUUUGAAAUGCUAAUGAUGUCUCAUCCUAUUAACUAGCAGGACUGUUUAUACUCAGCCAUGACCACUGUAUAGUAUUAUAUACUAAAACUUCCCCUCUGCUCCCACAGUCAUAUUUAACAUAAACCACAAUAAAGUAUUUCAGCAGUAUGCUAAGUUUGGGAUCGUUACUUGCUCACUUGUAUGGUUCAGAUUACAGUUGUGUCUAGACACAAAGGGACAGCUAUAUAUAUUUAUAUAAUCAUUUGUCACUAUAUUUAAGCUCUCAAGACUAUACUGGACUGUAAAAGAGAAGGGUUUUGACCCAAUCUGCAAGUUAUAAAUUUUAAAGGGGCACUGUACAAAAUUCAGAGUGUUUAAUUUAAGUGCACAUGGCCCCCAGCAUGGAGGUGGUUGAGCUGGCCGGCAGCUAACAGUGGUAUUUCCAUAAACAGCACUGAACAACAGCAAUGGUACUGACAGAGCUAACGGUGUCAGCCACGGGGAACCAAUGGAUGGGCACUACACAAUACAUCCUGGUAUUACUGGUAACAGCCAUAUGAGCACAGUGCAAAGCAGUGGUGAUGCACUAGCCAGUGGGAUACACAUAAGCAUUAACAUGUCACACACAGGGGGAAUGUGACGACAUUUUCUGCUCAGGGUGCCAUUACUCUGCUCUAUCUUUACAAAGCAAAUGGUUGCUUGCUGCUAUAUUAAUGCUCUGAAUGUUACAGAGACCACCUUUAAGGUAUGCAUAGGCACAAAGAUGACAGCACUCUUCUGAUGAGCGCAGAAUGUUUAACAGUAUUUACAAUACAGACAUCAACAUACAUCAUCAAAAAUCAAAUGUAAAGUUCUACUACAGUAGGUAUUACUGAAUCUGUAUCCUUUACCUGGCCUAUAGGAAGGAUCAGAUGUGAACACACUUAAACCCUUUCUGGCACUGAUUUCUAGCUCUUGCCUAAAUAUAAUGUACCCUCACCCAUUCAUAAAGUCCCAAACCAUAUUUCCACUUUCGAAAAAUUGUUAAUGUUUGUACAUUUUUAACAAUCAUGAUGUGUGCAAGAGACAUAAAUAUUGUAAAAUGCAAAUUGUUGCAACGAGUAUUGUAUUCAAAUAAAAACAACUUGCCCAUAAUCAUAGUGUAAUAACAUAACAAUUAUUUAUUUAUUUUGUAAUAAAUCUUAAGUAUUAACUGUACAGACUGCAGUAACCAUUAAUUAUACCUUAGCAUCAGUGGUGUAGUGGAGGGUAUACGCAGGUAUACGGGGUAUGCCCACUUCUUUUUCUGGCCAUUUAUAGUAUACCCACCUAUCAGCCAAAAAGCCAUUGCAAUAUAUAGGAGAGUAUACCCACUUCCUCCACGCUAACUGCCUAUUCACUUAGCAGUACAACUAUCUCAUCAACUAACAUGAUGAGGUGCACACUCAUCAUGUUAGUGAUGAGUGUGCACCUCUGUAUCCUACAGGGACACAACAGACUGAAUAGAGACAACCAUCCUUUAUUAUAUCAAAAAUAGUAAAGGUAAAAUGAAAUUUCCUACAUCGAUAUUCAGUAAAUGUUACUGUACAAACUAGAAAAAACAAAAAGCCUUGCAAACACUGGAGUAUAAAUGACUAUAAAUAAAAAAAUUGAACCCUUGUGAAAGCAGGGUUGUAUUUAGAGUAUUACACAUAUAGCUCUAUUCAACCCCCCUAAGAGACUGACCUCUGAACUCUUCGUAACUUAUCUUCAGAGUAACAUGCCACAUGACAAGACAACACAGGUUUCUUGAUAAUGAUGAAACUGCUUCAAAGGAGCAAAAGGUUUCAGUCAAACUCAGCCAGAUUAAGCGAGUGAAGCGUAGAUCACAGAGCUGUCAUUCUCUCCAGAUUUGGA